UUUUUCAUUUUAAAUGUGUUUAUCUAUUAUGGGAAACAUUUGUUUCAUCUGAGGUUUGUUCUGUCAUCACAUAAUCAUAGUAUACUUAUUUUCAUCGCUACCUUUUGCCUAAACUCACGUUCUUCCGUUCUAUUGGGUUUUCCGACGCUGACAUCCCUAAGAUCCUGAUUGCUAACUACACCAUCUUGUUAAGAAGCUUGGAAAAAUUCCUCAUCCCACGUUGUGAGGUCCUCAGGUGUGUACUUCGUGAUGAUCGAGAAGUUGUUAGAUCUUUGAAAAAUAAACCAUUUCGUUUUACUUGUGGUGAUGUAAUGAAAGAUUUGGUUCCAAACAUUUUGUUUUUGAGGCAAUCUGGUGUGCCCCAAGCUUCCAUCUCUUACAUGAUGAUCCAUUCUGGGAAUCUAGCCUACUGGACGCAUUCCAAAUUUGUGGAAGCUGUCAACACUGCGAAGGAAGUUGGGUUUAGUCCUUUGAGAACAAGUUUUAUCGUGGCCAUUGAAAUGCUAAUUAAGAGCAAAGUAGUGUGGGAAUCAAAGUUUGAGAUUUAUGAGAGGUGGGGCUGGAACUGUGAAACGGUGCUUAGAGCAUUUCGAAAGUUUCCCAAUUUUAUGAAGUUGUCAGAGGAGAAUUUUACCAAAAAAAUGAGUUUCCUUGUGAAGGAUAUGGGUUGGCCAUCAGAAGAUAUUGCUGAAUAUCCUCUAGUUGUAGCGUACAACUUGGAGAAGAGGAUUAUCCCUAGAUUCUCGGUAAUCAAAAUCUUGAAAUCAAAAGGUCUGCUUGAGAAUAAUGUGCACUUUAGUGGCAUUAUUUGCAUAACUGAUGAAGAUUUUUUGGAGAAAUUUGUCGACAAUUUUAAGAAAGAUUUGCCUCUCUUGCCAGAUGUCUACAACAGUUUGAUUAAUGAACAGAAUGUAAUAUAAAAUAUAGUCUUUGAAGGCUUUUUCUGGUGAUUGUCCUAACUUACAAUCUUUCUAUUUCAGGGCUAAAUUGAACUCUUGAUUCUCACUGGCUUUCACUUUUGUGUCUGUAUUAUGAGUUUUAUUUUCCUUGGGUGGGAAGAAUUUUGGUCAGAUUUAUAGCAUGUUGAUUUUACAAUCAAGUAUAUAAAUCCAAUUUUUGGUGAUUUUAAAUUCAAUAUAUUGGUUUAUUUAUUUCUGUUGAUAAAGCACAACACAUAAAAAAAGAGUGCUGUAUUUUGUAGGCCUGGUGUAAUUAUGUUGAAUUUUGUCUUGAUUGUUGCCCUCUUGUUUUAAAUAUGUUUAUCUGUUUUGAGAACAUUUGAUUCGGCUCAGUAGUCUGUACUCUGUACUGUUAUCACAUAACCAUUUUAUACUUUUUGCAAUUCUUUUUUUUACCAAAAGUGACAUGUGAUAGACAUGUCUACACUUAAAACUGCCAUAAACUAUAUUGAUUGUCUUGGAGGAAUCCCCUGGUUAUUUGUUAGAGCAUGUGGAGGGGUUCAAUAACCAAACCUUAUUAGUUUAUUUCAAUGGAAUCAAAUUAUGAUUAAUUGUUCUACUACCAUUACCAUUUUUUAAUAAAUGAAUUCUGUAAUGGUUUUUUACGUUUUUAUGGUGUAGCCCCUUCAACCUAAAAUUGUAACUCUCUUGUUAAUGCAUGCCGCUCCUUGGAAUCAUGGAUAUAUAUAUGGAUUUGAACAUUUGCUAAUUACUGGUAACUUUAUGCUUUUGACAGCAUCAGAGAGUAGCUAACAGUUAGUUAGAAUAGCUAGGUGGUUACUGUUGUAGAAGUAGGAAUUAGUUUAAAUAGGGGGAGGAAAGUCGGCAUUCUGGUUUGUUUUUAUUUGAAAACUAGGCAUUCAGAUAUGUUACUGCUCACAAUAUCUUAAUUAAACCAGAAUAACAUCAGCUACAGUGAAUCUACAUGUCUGCCCCAUAUUCUUUCAUUUCCUCUGCUAUCUGCUAUACAUUUUUGGGGUUCAGCUACUAUGUGCUGCUAUCUGGGAUUGAUAUCUAUAUACUCUGUUCAAUAGGCACAUACACUGACAUGAUCAAUAUACUCUGUACACCUGAAAAUAAAUCAAAUCUACUUAACUAAGGAUUAACUCAAUUUUGUUUUCACUAAAUUUGCUGAAAUUGUUAUUUCCAUAACUUAAUAAGAAGAAUCACAUUAUUCCAUGUCUCUUCAAAUUUCAAAAUUCGAUUCAUUUUUUCAGAGGCUCCUAUGUUUCUAAAUUGAUACCUAAUAACCCAAUUUUGUUUUCCGGUAUUCACACCAUCAACAUCUCAGGUUCCUAUAAGAAGAAUCACAUUAUUCCAUGUCUCUUCAAAUUUCAAAAUUCGAUUCAUUUUUUCAGAGGCUCCUAUGUUUCUAAAUUGAUACCAAUUGCAAUUUGUGUUUUCAAAAUUUGUUUAUUUGAAUUGUGUGAAAGCCUAGGCCAAACUUUGCUUAGUUCUCUAACAUUGUUGUACCUCCAAUGGAGAAAAUUCUUAAUUGCUAUUUUUUUCAUUUGCUUGACUUUAGAGAAUGGGGCAAUGGCCAUUGAAUCUAGUAGACAUUCAAUCCUGGAGAGAAUAACUGACUUCUUUCUACAAAACGAGUAUAUUGAAUAAUCAUUAUAACCCCAACAUCAUUGUAAUCACCUUUUCUUUGGUGUAAAUUAAUCUUUUGCAUUGAAGGCCAAUGAUAUAUUUUUGUCUAAAGCCGUAGAUAAGGUGAUUGUCGCAGGUCCAAUAUGUAAGAAAAUUUCUCUUUCACAUAUAAGGUGUACAGUUUCAAAGCAGGAUCAGUGAAAGUAAAAUUGCAGAUGCUAUUUAUGGAUCACGAACUAUGUCUGAAUGCUUUUAGUAAAAAUAAGAAACAAAUAUUAACUUAUUAGUGAUGUGU